GAGAAGAACAACUACUUCCUCGAAGAUGAGAAGGGGACUGAGUGGGAAUGGAUCGCGAGCCGCAACACUUGGAGCGAAACGGUCCCCGAAGAGCUCAUGAAACAAUGGGCCGAAGCAUACAAGGUUGAAGGAGUCGACGAGAAUGAGCCCGCUAUGAAUCCAGCCCAGAAACGGAAGCAGGCGCAGCUCGACAAUCCGGAGGAAAAUCCAAAUGCCAACAAAGCCAAGCGUACUACCAAUGCCACGACUGGAAAAACCACUGCCACCGACAAACUUCUGGAUCCGGAUAAUGCCAUCGUUGUGACGGGCCUUCCUCUGGAUGUGAAUGCUGACGAGAUCGAGAAAGUGUUCCAACGCUACGGAGUCAUUGCGGAGACACCGAACGAUUCAAGCAAGAUCAUCCACAUCAGCGAGAACGAGGAUGGUCUGCCCACGGGCAACGCUGUCAUUGUCUUCAACGAUCUACACGGCGUUGCGCAAUCCAUAGAAUUACAAGAUGACGCAGAAUUCAGCCGCAAAGGCAGCCGCAAGACGAACAAAAUCAGUGUACGAGCCGCCACAAAAGAGGAUUUUCAACGCGAGAAGGUUCGUAUCGAUAAGCCAGUCCGUCUGAAGUCUUUCGAAGACGAGGACGAAGAGCCAAUCCCUGCUCCUCGCAAGUCUGCAUCCUGGGAGAAAUUGGUCAUUAUCAGUAACAUCUUCACCCUGGCGCAACUCGAGGAGGACGAAGAGCUUGCAGACGACAUUCACAGAGAUGUUCUGGAAGAUGCCGAGACAAUCGGACCCGUCAAGAAUGUCGUCGUUUACGACCUGGAGCCGCGAGGAAUCUGCGUCAUUCGUUUCCGGGACGUGGAGUCUGCCCAGAAGUGUGCCGAUGCUUGGGAUGGUCGAAGAUACAAUGGAAGAGCGGUCCGUGCCGGUGUGCCUACUGAAGCGGUGAAGUUCAAGAGAAGCUUGAAAACUCGCAAAGAGGACGAUGAGGAGGAGCGCCUUGCGCAAUUCUCGAAGGACCUUGAGGCUGGAGCUUAA